AUGGAUACCCUUCUCUCCAACCCCUUGCUUCCCGCUCUUUACGUAUCCCAACGACCCUUCCCUCCAUUCCACAACAGCUUCACCAAUUCCUCUUCUUUUUGCGCCACAUCUCCCCGGAACCCGAAACCCAACACGCUCCAUUUCUCUGCCAACUCAACUCAACAACCAGCACAACACAACCUUCUCUUCAAUGACUGGCCUCAGCUCCUCCAGCUCUCAAUUAGGUCCAAAAAUCUCAUGCUCGGUCAGGCCAUUCACGCCUUCUUAGUCAAAUGCCGGUGCCAAAGCGACACCGACGCAUUCCAAGGCAACAAUCUCGUAAAUCUCUACUCGAAACUCAAUAGAUUGGAGGAUGCACGCCAGGUGUUCGAUGAAAUGCCUGUGAGAAACACAAUCACGUGGACUACUCUCAUGAAGGGGUAUUCCGGGGUUGGCGAUUACGCAUCUCUUUUUCGAGUUGCUGGGGACUUGUUUCGGGGAGGGGAGAGGUUUAAUGAGCAUACUUGCUCUGUGAUUUUGGAGGCGUGUGGUUUGCUACAAGAGCAGAGAGGUGGGGAACAGGUUCAUUGUUUCGUUGUGAAAAGCGGGCUGCAGGACAAUGUUUUUGUUGCCACUUCAUUGGUGUCUAUGUACUCUAGAAGUGACUGCUUGGGCGACGCCGAGAAAGUGUUCGGUGACAUGGAGUACAGAGAUGUUCAGUGUUUUAAUUAUAUGAUUUUGGAAUAUGGGAAGGCCGGUUGUGGAGAGGAAGCAAUUGGGGUUUUUAUUGAUCUUCUGAGUUCUGGUUUGGAUCCAAAUGAUUAUACAUUUACUAAUGUAAUCAGUGCGUGCAGUGGAGAUGUGGGUGUGCAGGAAGGCCGGCAAUUACAUGGGCUGGCUGUGAAGUAUGGUGUUCUUUGUGAAACUUCUGUUGGAAAUGCAGUUAUAACAAUGUAUGGAAAGCACGGGAUGAUUGAAGAGGCCAAGACAAUGUUAUAUGCACUGGAGGAGAGGAACUUGAUCUCUUGGACAGCGGUUUUAUCAAUGUACGUCAAAAAUGCCUGUGUUGAUAAGGCUCUGGAUGUUUUCUUGAGAGUACAUGAUCUAGGCGUUCGUUGUGAUUCUAGUUUUUUAUGUGCUGUUCUUGAUGCCUGCUCAGAGUGCAGAGAUGUGAAAUUGGGACGUCAAAUUCACGCAUUUGUUACAAAACUUGGUUAUGACUCUGGUGUCCAUGUUGGGACUGCUUUGAUAGACAUAUAUGCCAAAUGUGGGAACCUUCAAUCUGCAAGACUGGUUUUCGAUGGUCUUUCAGGUAAAAAUACUGCCUCACUCAAUGCGGUUCUAGCUGGAUUCAUGGGAUCACAUAUACAUGUUGAAGAGGAUGCCAUUUUCUUAUUUAAUCAAUCAAGAUAUGCUGGCAUAAGUCCAGAUUCCAUAACCUUUUCACGGCUCCUUAGCUUGUCUGCUGAGGAAGCCUGCUUGGUUAUGGGCAAGAGUCUUCAUUCUUACGCUAUCAAAGCUGGACUUGAAGCCAAUUCCACUGUAGGUAAUGCUAUGAUUACCAUGUAUGCCAAAUGUGGUAGCAUUGAAGAAGCUUUUCAAAUGUUCAAUGGUAUGAAUAGUCGUGAUUUUGUAUCCUGGAAUGCCAUAAUUUCAGCAUAUGCUCUUCAUGGAGAAGGCACCAGAUCACUUACGCUGUUUGAAAAUAUGAAGGAAGAAGGUUUUGCUCCUGACGGAAUUACGUUGUUGGCUAUUCUUCAAGCUUGCAGUUACUCUGGAUUAUGGGAAACUGGGUUAUGCUUAUUCAACGAAAUGGAGCUAAAAUAUGGGACUAGGUCCGUGAUUGAGCACUUUGGUUGCAUGGUCGAUCUUUUGGGUCGGGCUGGGAAAUUUUCAGAAGCCAUGGAUUUCAUCAACACAAGUCAAUUUCCAGACUCACCGAUGCUUUGGAGAACUUUAAUCAAUGUGUGCAUGUUAUGUGGGAAUUUGAAUUUUGGCAUUUUAGCUUCAAAGCGUUUGCUUGAGUUGGAACCUGAUGAGGCUGGGUCAUAUAUACUUGUUUCAAAUAUGUAUGCUGGAGGAGGAUUGUUUGAUGAAGCUGCAAAAGUUAGAACUGUUAUGAAUGACUUGAAAGUAAACAAAGAAGCAGGUUGCAGCUGGAUUGAAGUAGAUAAUAAGUUUCAUUAUUUUGUGGCAAGUGAUAUGGACCAUCCAAAAACUGAUGAAAUUUAUGAGAAGUUGAAUCUCUUGAAGAUUCAAAUAAAAAUGAACAGUCAUGAUAGAAGUGAUCUCUGCCUGGUCGCAGAUCCUUUAUAA